UUAGUUACAGAGGGUAAAUAAUUAUCUAAUUCGCAUUGAAGACAGAUACAAAAUGCCGAUCACUAAACAUCCGAAGAAAAGUGAACCAUUGUGGAAGGAAUGGGAUUAUAAGGCACAGAAGAAGGGUGUUCAUCAUACGGUGUAUUCCGUGAACGGCGAUCGGUACACUGGUGACUGGGACAAAAAUCAAAAGAAUGGAAAGGGAACUAUGACAUGGAAGAAGUCAGGUGCUAUUUAUGAUGGAGACUGGAAGGAUGAUCAUCGUUGUGGAUUUGGUACAUACAGUGUUCCUGAAGGAGGAGGAUACAGAAAAGUUUACUCUGGUGGAUGGAAAAAUGAUAAGAGACAUGGCUAUGGAACAAAUUUCUACUCAUAUAAUGAAUACUUCGAAGGAGAGUGGUAUGCUGAUAAACGAAGUGGGUGGGGAAGAAUGUACUUUUCUGAUGGUUCAGUUUAUGAAGGAGAGUGGUACAACAACAUGAGAAAUGGCGAAGGAAUGCUCAGACUAGCAAAUGAAAAUCGAUAUGAAGGUCAAUGGAAAGACGACAAAAAACAUGGUAAGGGAAAAUUCUUCUAUCUUGAUCGAGGGCAGAUGUACACUGGGGUAUGGUGUGAUGACAUUCCAAAAUGUGGCACUGUGGAAGAUUUUGGUCGACAUGAGGCUCCAAACCCAACAACAUACCCAUUACCUGAGUGCAAACUACAAGACACAAGAGGAGUAAUAAAAGAGGCAGAAGAUACAUUUCUUGAUGAACAACAAUCUUAGUAGAUUUAUUACCAUUUUAUUGAGUUGUCCCUAUAUUUUUGCAAUGUACAUAACAACAAAAGCCAGAGGUGUUGGAAUUUUGUAACAGAUAAAACCUGAUCUAUGAAUAUGUGUCCUUAAAAGAAGAAAAUCAGCAUAGCUAAAUAUCCAUACCAAAAUUUUAGCUUAGUCUAAAACUUUUUAACUAAUCAUGAAGAAAUACAAGAACAUGGAAAUACCCAGGGUAGGAUUGAGUGCAAGUUUUUCAAAGACACCUGUCUAGCGUAUAGAUUUGUACAGAAGAAAUCAACCAAUUGCAAUCUGGAGAAUCUUCUGGAUUCAUUUUAAAAGACUUGCCCAAUGUCUUUCAAGAAUCAACUUGAUCAAUUUUCUCACCAAGAAAAUCCCCUCUGCUUUAUGCAGAUUACAAUAAUGUUUACAAAUGUUAGCAGAUUGUUUACUCUGGUUUAGAUUUGUUUCUGUAAUGUACAAUGCAUCUGCAUCAUGUAAAUAAAUAAAGCGUAAGAUAACUUAAUAAAUUUUGUACAGCAACCUACUUGAUACUCUAGUAAUCAUUACCAAUUCAGUAAAGUAUUCUGUUGAUGCUAGUUCUGAAUACAGUAAAAAUAAAUAAUACCAAUUCCUUUGUAA